AUUAAUGGAGAUAUUUCAAAGUUCAGUGAUGCUGCUGGUAGUCUCUCUUGUUGUUGUUGUGGGAUUAAUAUUAUCAAUAGUAUAUGCAUGGAAAGUGUUGAAUUGGGUGUGGUUUAGGCCAAGAAACCUUGAAAAAUGGCUCAGACAAUUGGGUUUCGAAGGGAAUUCUUACAGGGUUUUGUUUGGUGAUUCUAAAGAAAUGAGCAACAUGAUUAAAGAAGCCAAAUCCAAACCCAUCUCUGCUUUCUCCAAUGAUAUUGUUGCUAGAGUUAUUCCUGCAAUCCAUCAUGCUGUCAGCAUGUACGGUGAGAAGUGCAUCCUAUGGUUUGGUCCAAAACCAGCAGUACUUGUAACAGACACAGAACUUAUAAGGGAGAUUCUGUCGAAAAGCUACGUUUUUCAGAAGAAUUCAAACCCGUUAGGCCGACAGCUGGCACGAGGAGUAGCAACCUACGAAACCGAUAAAUGGGCCAAGCACAGAAGACUCAUAAAUCCUGCUUUUCAACCAGACAAAAUCAAGCAAAUGCUUCCGUCGUUUUACUUGAGUUGUUGCGAUAUGUUGAGCAAAUGGGAAGAGAAAUUGGCCAAGGAAGGAUCUUCGGAAGUGGAUGUGUGGCCUUAUCUUCAGACACUGACGAGCGAUGCAAUUUCGAGAACUGCGUUUGGAAGUAGCUAUGAAGAAGGAAGAAAGAUAUUCGAACUUCAAAAGGAACAAGCCGAGCUUAUCAUGCAGGCCGUUCAGUCUAUUAAUUUUCAAAUCCCCGGAUGGAGGUUUUUACCUACAAAGAUGAACAUAAGGAUGAAGCAAAUUGUGAAGGAAGUGGAGUCCUCGAUUCGUGGCAUUAUCGAUAAGAGAAUGAAGGAAAUGGAAGCAAGGGAAGGUAGCUAUAGUAGUGAUGACUUAUUGGGUAUUUUAUUGGAUUCCAAUUUUAGGGAAAUCAAACAAAAUGGCAACAAAUUCGGAAUGAGUCUAGACGAGGUUAUUGAGGAGUGCAAACUUUUCUACUUUGCUGGACAAGAGACGACAUCGUCCUUGCUUGUGUGGACGAUGAUUUUAUUGAGUAAGCAUUCGGAUUGGCAGUCUCGUGCCAGAGAGGACGUUCUACAAACUUUUGGGACAAGAAAACCCGAUUUUCAAGAGUUAAAUCACCUCAAAAUAGUAACCAUGAUUCUACACGAGGUAUUAAGGUUGUAUCCAGCGGGGGUCAAUCUUGGCCGUACAACUCGCAAGGAGACUCCAUUAGGAAAGUCAACCCUACCGGCCGGAGUCCAACUCAUCCUGCCAGUUCUCCUACUUCACCACGACAGCAAAAUGUGGGGCGACGAUGCAAAGGAAUUCGAUCCCAACAGAUUCAGUGAAGGCGUUUCGAAGGCAACGAAUGGGAAGCUCUCGUAUUUCCCGUUUGGUUGGGGUCCGAGAAUAUGCUUAGGCCAGAGCUUUGCAAUUUUGGAGGCUAAAAUGGCGCUUGCUAUGAUAUUACAGCGUUAUUCUUUCCAGCUUUCUCCGUCGUAUUCGCAUGCUCCGUAUACUGUUAUUACGCUGCAGCCUCAACACGGUGCACACUUAAUUCUAACCAAGCUAUUGUAGGGUUAAGACUUAAGAGAGUCGAUAUAUGUUUGGAUGUCGAACGGCUAAUAACUUACUAUUGGAAAUGUUGCUUAGCUUGGCUUUGUGUGUUUUUAUUGAUGUGUGUAAAUUACUUGAUGAACAAAAUAUGUCAGUUUGCUGCAACAUUUUUGGUGUAUAAAUGUUGGGCUUGAAAGAGAAAUGGCAAAUUGAACUUUUGGGA